UAAACAAAACACCACACGUUUUCUAAUAUCACAAGUCAUCACUAUGAUUCUUCCUACACAAGUUCCUAUAACGUGAAAGAAUUAACCUUGACAUACUUUCCUUUAUAGCUAUAUAAAUAUAUAUUCUGCAGCCAAUUCAGUUUCACCAAAAUUUUUAAUAUUAUGGAGGAGAAAGAGAAUAUUCAUCAAGGUGUUGAAGCUAGUAUGAGUUUUUUGGAGACAUCAAGGAAGAAAAACAACAAGGUGGAGAAUAAAAGAAGGUUUAGUGAUGAACAGAUAAGGUCGCUAGAAUGUAUAUUUGAGUCAGAAUCAAAGUUGGAGCCAAGGAAGAAGAUGCAGCUUGCGAGAGAUCUUGGUUUGCAGCCUAGACAAGUUGCUAUAUGGUUUCAAAACAGAAGAGCAAGGUGGAAAUCAAAGAGGAUUGAACAAGAAUAUAGAAAACUUAAAGUUGAAUAUGAUAAUUUAGCUUCUAUGUUUCAGUCUCUAAAGGAAGAGAAAGAGUCUUUGCAAUCAGAGGUUCAGAAGCUGAGUUAUAUGGUGGAAACUUCUCAUGAUGGUGGAAGGGAAGCUAAGGAAAAUAGCACAGAAGAUGGUGGAUCAGGAAAUGCAUAUGGAAAUUGUAUGGCUGAAACAAAGGAAAGGUUUUCAAAUGAGGGUUUGGAGGACAGAAUGGUAAUUUAUUCAGAUGAUCAAAACGAAAGAGGAUUAACAAGGACUGAGAAAGUUGAUGAUAGAGGAAAUGAACUUUUGAGAAAUGAAGAAAUUCCAUUGACAGCACUAGAAAAAUGGUACAAUGUUGAUCCAAGUGUUAUCUUAGACCAGACAUGCAGUAGUUCUCAAUGGUUGGAUUUUUGGACUUAGAAAAUUGCAUUGCACCAUGUUCUUCUAUGUUGCAAUGUUUGGUGUUUUCUAGGAGGAACAAAGAAUGGUUGAAAACAUGCAUGUUCAAGAAGAAUGUCUCCAAUUUCAAAAAUGAAGAAGUUUUGUAGGCUUGAUUUGAUAGGUAGAGAAUUAUAAUAGCCUCAUUCAGUUUUCAUUUGUUUAGAGAUUUGGAAGUGGAAGAAGAAGAAGAAGAAAUCAUGUAAAAGUUCUCUGUUUUUGGUGCAAUGCACAUGCUUGCAUGUCUUUUCCAACCAUUUGCUUGUUUCAGUGUGACUGUGUGAGUGUGUGUUUCUUUUCUGGUUUUCUAAUCUUAGAUUUGUCUUCUUUUUUUAUAACUUUAGAUAUCACCUUGUUAAUUUGUAUGAUUAUUGUAACUUAUGACUUGGACACACUUAUGACAUAGGUUUAAAAUAAAUAGUAUUGUUAAUAAGAUAUUGCUUGACUUAAUGAAACAAUGGAUAAUUGAUAUUUUAAA